AUGGUGAAUUACUCCUCAACCAUAUUCCGCUUGUGCUUCCUCCUGCAAGUAUUAUUAGUAGUAACACCACUAGUAUCAGCUGAGAGAUGCCACCCUGAAGACAAGAAGGCACUUCUCCAAAUCAAGAAUGACCUCAACAACCCAACCGCCCUCUCUGUAUGGAACCCAACCACCGACUGCUGCCACUACAACCAAUGGAAAGGCGUCACCUGCAGCGCCCAAAACGACCGCGUCUUCGCCCUCAAUCUCUCCCACAUUCACAUCCACCACGGCCCCCUUCCAAUCCAUUCCUCCAUCGCUGCCCUACCUUAUCUUAGUGUUAUCCAAAUCAUGUCCGUCUCCAACCUCAUAGGCCCCAUCCCCACCUCCAUCACCACCCUCGACCUCAACCACCUCCAAAUCUCCAACAUCUCUCUUUCCGGCACCAUUCCCGCCUUCCUCUCCAACCUCAACAACCUCAUCACCUUGGAACUCUCCAACUGCAACCUCUCCGGACCCAUCCCACCCUCCCUAAUCUCUCGUAUGCCCAACCUCGACGGCCUCACCCUCUCCGGCAACUCCCUCAACGGUUCAAUCCCGGACUCUUUCUGGUCCUUCUCCAACCAAUUCCUGUAUCUCGAUCUCGCGAAUAACCGUCUGUCGGGGUACAUACCAAAGUCGUUAGAGAAUCAGAAUGUGGCGUUUGUGUUCCUGAACGAUAACAUGUUUGAGGGUGAUGCGUCCUUCUUGUUUAAAUCAAACAGGAGCACAAGGAUAGAUCUCUCGAAGAACAAGCUGGCAUUUGAUUUUGGAAGAGUGGAGAGCUUCAAUGACCUCUUGAUCGCGUUGGAUCUGAGGUACAACAAAAUAUAUGGCAAGAUUCCAGAAGCGAUAAAGUCCCUCCACGUUGAAAAGUUCAAUGUGAGUCACAACAAUCUGUGCGGUAAGAUUCCAACCGGAGGCGUCUUGUCCAGUAUCACCGAUGCGUCUGCGUAUGCUCACAACAAGUGCUUGUGUGGCACUCCGCUUCCACCCUGCAGCAGAGACGGUUAA